ACUACUGCGAAACGGAGAUCAACCUCUGCUACUCCAACCCCUGCCUCAACGGCGGCGUCUGCACGCGCAGGGAGGGCGGUUACACGUGCGUCUGUCGCCAGCCCUUCAGCGCCGCGGGGCUGCCCCGCGCGGCAGCGCCCAGCCCGCUCCCGUGCGCACCCCGCUCCUUCCCUCGCCCCAGGUUCAGCACGCUGGAGCCCAGCGGCCUCCUGCUCUACAACGGGCGCCUCAACGAGCGGCACGACUUCCUGGCGGUGGAGAUCGUCGAGGGGCAGCUCCAGCUCAAGUACUCCACAGGGGAGUCGAGCACGGUGGUGAGCCCGUUCCUGCCCGGGGGCGUGAGCGACGGGCAGUGGCACACGCUGCAGCUCCACUACUACAACAAGCCCAAGCUCAAUGCCCUGGGGGUGGUGCAGGGCCCCUCCAAGGACAAGGUGGCCGUCCUCACGGUGGAUGAAUGCGAUGCCUCCGUGGCCCUGCAGUUUGGCAGCGAGAUCGGGAACUACUCCUGUGCCGCGGAGGGGGUGCAGUCCAGCUCCAAGAAGUCCCUGGACCUCACAGGCCCCUUGCUCCUUGGAGGAGUCCCCAACCUGCCUGAAAACUUCCCCGUCACUCACCGGGACUUUGUGGGGUGCAUGAGAGACCUGUACAUCGACAGCAAGCGCAUCGACCUGGCCUCCUACAUCGCCAACAACGGCACGGCUGCAGGCUGCCACGCCAAGCACUCCUUCUGCGACCACAGCCCCCCCCGCAGUCACUGUGGCCUUUGCACUGCUCUACAUGAGGAAAAGCCCAGCAUAGGAGCAGACAUUCCCCUUCCUUCCUCCUCACCUCCGCUUUCCUUUCCAGCCAUGCACCAUGCCCACUAUUUCCAGGGCAACAGCGUCCUGACCUGGGACUUUAAGGCAGAUGUGAAGAUCUCGGUGCCGUGGUUCCUGGGGCUGGCAUUUCGGACGCGCCAGCCGGACGGGGUGCUCCUGCAGGCCCAUGCUGGCCAGUACACCACGUUGCUGUGCCAGCUGGCUGGGGGGCUGCUCUCCUUCGUGGUGAGCAGGGGCUCCGGGCGCAGCACCAGCCUUGCCAUGGAGCAGCUGCAGCUCAGCGACGGCAAGUGGCACGACCUGCAGCUGGAGCUGCGGGAUGUGCGCGGCGGGCGGGACUCGCGCUACGUCAUCACCCUCACCCUGGACUUUGGGCUCUACCAGGACACGGUGGUUGUUGGAAAUGAGCUGCAUGGUUUGAAGGUGAAACACCUACAUGUGGGGGGAAUCCUGAGCUCUGGAGAGGUGCAGAACGGGCUGAGGGGCUGCAUACAAGGUGUGCGACUCGGUGACAGUGGCAGCGGGACGGCGCUGCCCAAGCCCAGCCAUGCCCUGCGCGUGGAGGCGGGCUGCAGCGUGCCCAGCGCCUGCGACUCCAGCCCCUGUCCGGCCAACAGCGUCUGCAAGGACGAGUGGCAGAGCUACUCGUGCGUGUGCCAGCCAGGGUACUACGGCGGGGGCGCGGGGGCCGGCGUGUGCAAGAACAAGUCCGUGUGUCGCCGCAAGCCGGGCUCGCCCCUGGGCUACGUGUGCGAGUGUGGAGGGAACUUUUUUGGGCAGUACUGUGAGCACAGGAUGGACCAGCAGUGCCCGAAGGGCUGGUGGGGAAACCCCACCUGCGGGCCCUGUAACUGCGACGUGAACAAGGGCUUCGACCCUGACUGCAAUAAAACCGACGGGCAGUGCCACUGCAAGGUGAGGGGCAGCUGUGACCCGUCCCCUGCGGCCCCGCUUGUCCUCCCUGCUGUCCACGGCCUGGCAGCUGCCAGGCCCUGCUAUGUGCUCCUGGAAGGCCUGGUGCUCUACGACGGCUGCCCCAAAACCCUGAAAGCCGGCGUGUGGUGGCCCCAGACCAAGUUUGGCCUCUCUGCUGUGGUGCUGUGUCCCAAAGGCUCCUUGGGCGCAGCCGUCAGACACUGUGAUGAGGAGAAGGGCUGGCUGGAGCCAGAUCUCUUCAACUGCACUUCACCUGCCUUCAAGGAGCUCUCCAUGCUGCUGGAGGGCUUGGAGAGGAAUGAGACUGAACUCAACACAAUUGAAGCCAAGAAGCUGGCCCACCGGCUCCGGGCCGUGACAGACCACAUGGACCACUACUUCGGCAAUGACGUGCACAUCACGUACCGCCUGCUGUCCCGCCUCAUGGCCUUCGAGAGCCGGCAGCGCGGCUUCGGCCUGACGGCCACGCAGGACGCCCACUUCAACGAGAACCUGCUGCGUGCGGGCAGCUCCGUGCUGGCGCCCGAGAACCGGGAGCACUGGGCCAUGCUGCCCUGCAGCGAGCACGGCAGCGCCAGCCUCAUGGAGCAGCUGCGCGACUACUCGGGCACCCUGGCCAGCAACAUGAAACUCACCUACCUCAACCCCGUCGGCGUCGUCACCCCCAACAUCAUGCUGAGCAUCGACCGCAUGGAGAGCCGCUCGCACGCGCGCCGGCGCUACCCGCGCUACCACAGCAGCCUGUUCCGCGGCCAGCCCGCCUGGGACCCGCACACGCACGUGGUGCUGCCGCUGUCCGUGCUGAGCCCCCCGAGGGCUGAAGCUACCCCCACGGCAGUGCCCACGUUUGCCGGGGGUGAAGGGAACUACACUGUGGAGAGCUCCUCUCCGAGGCAGGCGCUGCCCGAGCCGGAGCCCGCGCUGGCCGUCAUCAUCCUCAUCAUGUACCGCACGCUGGGGGGGCUGCUCCCCGCGCGCUACCAGGUGGAUCGCCGCAGCGUCAGGCUCCCCAGGAAUCCCGUGAUGAACUCUCCCAUCGUGAGCGUGUCCGUGUUCAGCAAUCACACCUUCCUGCGCGGUCCCCUCGACGCUCCUCUCGUGCUGGAAUUUCGCCUGCUGGAGACGGCCAACAGGAGCAAACCUCUGUGCGUCCAGUGGAACCACUCCAGCCCGACCAACCCAUCAGGUUUCUGGACAGCCAAGGACUGUGAGCUUGUGUACAGGAAGGCCACGCAUGUCCACUGCCAGUGCUCCCAGUUUGGCACCUUCGGGGUCCUGAUGGACAGCUCGCACCGAGAGCAACUGGAAGGUGACCUGGAGACGUUGGCGAUUGUCACCUAUUCCUUGGUGUCCCUCUCUCUGCUGGCCUUGCUGCUGACCUUCUCCUUCCUGACUUGCCUCAAAGGCCUCAAGUCCAACACACGUGGCAUCCACUCCAACAUAUCAGUCACCCUCUUCUUCUCAGAGCUCCUCUUCCUGUUGGGCAUCAACCACACAGAGAACCAGUUCCUGUGCACUGUGAUCGCCAUCCUCCUGCACUGCUUCUUCCUCUCCACCUUCGCCUGGCUCUUCGUGCAGGGCCUGCACAUCUACCGCAUGCAGACCGAAGCCCGCAACGUCAACUUCGGGGCCAUGCGCUUCUACUACGCCAUCGGCUGGGGGGGGGCCGCCGGCCUCAACGCGCGGCUGGCUGUUGGCCUGGAUCCUGAGGGCUACGGGAACCCUGAUUUCUGCUGGAUUUCCAUUCAUGAUAAGCUGGUCUGGAGCUUUGCAGGCCCCAUUACUGUCGUCAUUGUGAUGAAUGGGGUGAUGUUCCUGCUCGUGGCUAAGAUGUCCUGUUCCCCAGGCCAAAAAGAGACCAAGAAGAAAUCGGUUCUCAUGACGUUACGGAGCUCCUUUGUUCUGCUUCUAGUUAUUAGCACUACCUGGCUCUUUGGCCUCUUGGCUGUCAACAACAGUGUCCUGGCUUUCCACUACCUCUACACUGUCCUCUGCAGCCUCCAGGGCCUGGCCGUGCUGCUGCUGUUCUGCGUGCUCAACGAGGAGGUGCAGGAGGCCUGGAGGCUGGCCUGCCUCGGCAAGAAGGCGCCGGGCGAGGAGGCCGGCCGGAGCGCGCAGGGCCCCAGCGCCUACAACAACACGGCGCUCUUUGAGGAGAGCGGCCUCAUCCGCAUCACCCUGGGCGCCUCCACCAUCUCGUCGGUGAGCAGCGUGCGCUCUGCCCGCACCCACUCCAGCCAGCGGGGCUACCCCAGGGACAACGUGACUGCGCGCCAGGGCUCGGCCCUGGACCACAGCCUGCUGGGGCACACGGGCCCCACGGACCUCGAUGUGGCCAUGUUUCACCGCGACGCCGGCGGAGACCAAGACUCGGACUCGGACAGCGACCUUUCCCUGGAUGAGGAGCGCAGCCUCUCCAUCCCGUCCUCGGAGAGCGAGGAGAACGUGCGGCUGCGCGGCCGCUUCCCGCGGCAGCUCAAGCGAGCGGGGCGCAGCGAGCGGCUCCUCACCGACCCCUCCAACACCGCUCCCAAAGACGUGGAUGGCAACGACCUCAUGUCGUACUGGCCGGCUCUGGGCGAGUGUGAGGUUCACCCCUGCUCCCUGCAGAAGUGGGGCUCUGAGCGGAAACUGGGCUUUGACAUCAACAAGGACGCAGCCAACAACAACCAGCCAGACCUGGCCUUGACCAGCGGCGAUGAGAACUCCCUCACGCAGACCCAGCGGCAGAGAAAAGGGAUUUUGAAGAACCGCCUGCAGUACCCUCCGGCUCUGCAGGGCUUGCCGGCUGUGGGCAGGAUGACCAACGAGCUGUCGUGGUACAAAACGUCCACGCUGGGUCACAGGGCUGUCCCUGCCGCCUCCUACGGCAGGAUCUAAUCGGGGGCAGGCAGCCUGUCACAGCCAGCCAGCCCGGACUCGCCAAUGCUGAUGAGGAAACAGAUGUCCCGGGAGCAGCUGAGCAGGAACAAUUCAGGAGACUGCUUGGAAGUUGUGCCCAGCCGGCAUGGCUCCAGGGAGGAGCUGGACACCAUCCCUAGCCGGCACGGGUCUACGGAGCACCUGGAAAGUAUUCCCAGCAGACAUGGAUCUAGGGAAAACUUGGAUCUGCUAGUUCCUAGACCCAGCCGGAGAGAUCACGGGAACACGCUGCCCCGGAGGCAGGGCUCCAGGGACCACCUGGAGACUCUACCCUGCAGGUUUGGGUCAAGAGAGCAGCUAGACUGUGGGCCAACCACGGCCACGCUCUCCGCCAUGCAGACCUCGAUGCCCUCCGCGCUGUGCCCCUCGACGCCCCGCUCCGCCACCUCCCACAGCAUUUCGGAGCUGUCGCCAGACUCGGACCUGCCCUUCCGGCGCUGGCUGCCCCGCUACCCGGUCAAGGACUGGCUGCUGGGGGACAUCAUCUCGGGAUUCAGCGUGGGCAUCAUGCACCUGCCCCAGGGGCUCGCCUACGCGCUGCUGGCCGGGCUGCCGCCCGUCACCGGCCUCUACUCCUCCUUCUACCCCGUCUUCCUCUACUUCUUCUUCGGGACGUCCAGGCACAACUCCGUGGGUCCCCCAUCCGCAUCUGUCCCCAUGGCAGGCCCCUUUGCCAUCAUCUCUGUCAUGAUCGGGAGCGUGACGGACUCCCUGGUGCCCAGCGAUAAUUUCCUGGAGCCCGUGCACGGCACCAACGAGACGAUGGUCAACGAAGCGCAGCUGAACGCGGCCCGCGUGGAGCUGGUGGCCACGCUCACCGUCCUGGUGGGCGUCUUCCAGGUGGCCCUGGGGCUGCUGCAGUUCGGCUUCGUGGUGACCUACCUGUCGGACCCGCUGGUGCGCGGCUACACCACGGCCGCCUCGGUGCACGUGCUCAUCUCGCAGCUCAAGUACGUCUUCGGCAUCUCCCUGAGCGAGCACUCAGGACCGCUCUCGCUCAUAAUGACCUUCAUUGAAAUCUGCCAGAAGUUGCCAAAGACCAACGUGGGCACCCUGGUGACAGCCAUCAUCGCCAUGGUGGCCAUCUUCAUCGUGAAGGAGCUCAACCACAAGUUCUCGGCCAAGCUGCCCAUGCCCAUCCCCAUCGAGCUCAUCACGAUCAUCAUCUCCACUGGCAUCUCCUAUGGUGCCAACCUCAACUCCAAGUUCGGCAUCUCGGUGGUGGGCGACAUCCCCAGCGGGUUGAAGCCGCCCGUGGCCCCCAACAUCAAGUACUUCGGGUCGGUGGUGGGCAACGCGUUCGCCAUCGCGGUGGUGGGCUAUGCCAUCUGCAUCUCCUUGGGCAAGAUCUUUGCCCUGCGGCACGGCUACAAAGUGGACAGCAACCAGGAGCUGAUAGCUCUGGGCUUCUCCAACUUCCUGGGCGGCUUUUUCCAGUGUUUCGCCAUCAGCUGCUCCAUGUCGCGCAGCCUGGUGCAGGAGAGCACCGGGGGCAACAGCCAGGUGGCCGGUGUCAUUUCGUCCCUCGUCAUCUUAGUGACCAUCCUGAAGAUUGGGGAGCUGUUCCGGGACCUGCCCAAGGCCAUCCUAGCUGCUAUCAUCAUCGUUAACCUCAAGGGCAUGUUCAAGCAGUUCACCGACUUCCGCACGCUCUGGAAGUCCAACAGGGUGGACCUGGUGAGGCGUGGGGACUGUUCCGCCGGCGCCGGGGCCCCCCCGCGCUGGACCUGGCGGGCUCCUCUCGCUGCUCCCCGCAGGCCGCACUACUCCAUCCUGGGGCACGUUCCCGACACGGAUGUCUACAGGGACGUGGCUGAAUACAAGGAGGCUCAGGAGGUCCCUGGCGUGAGGAUUUUCCGCUCCUCCGCCACCAUCUAUUUUGCCAACGCGGAGCUGUACAUGGAGGCCCUGAAGAAGAAGAGCGGCAUCAACGUGGACCGGCUGAUUGAGAAGAAGAAGAAGGCGCUCAAGAAGCUGAAGAAACAGCAGAAGAAAGCGGAGAAGCAGAAGGCAAAGAGGAAAAAGGUGCUUCCCAGGGCCGCGGCCGUCGAGGCCCUCUGCUGGGUCUCCUUCCCCCAGGACGCGGACAACGAGCGCAACGGGCUGGGCCUCGCGGUGAUCGAGCUGAGCGAGGAGGGAGCGGAGGGCAGCGCGCCCGCCGAGCCCACCCUGCGCACCCUGCGCCUGCCCGUGCCCGACUUCCACAGCGUCAUCCUGGACUUCAGCCCCGUCAACUUUGUGGACACCGUCUCCAUAAAGAUCCUCAAGAACAUCUUCAGGGAUUUCCGCGAGAUAGAAGUGGACGUCUUCGUUGGCGGCUGCCCGGGUGAGGAGGCUUCCAGGGUCACCAGGCUGUCCCUUGGGAAGGAUGGAGCUGAGAGCUUGGUGGCCUCCCCACCUCCAGACAUCCCUUUUCCCAGAAUUUCCCCAAGGGAUGUGGCUCCUGCCUGA